AUGGCAUCAGAAGGCCAAAACGCUGGGCCGAGCGACCAACCGGCUUUGGGAGCUCGUCCAUCGUUGACUUCGCAACAGAGCCAGACGCUCAAAUCCUACGGCCAGGACUACCAGUUCGCCGAGACCUGGGCCAAUCCACCUCCCGAGUUCGUCGUCAGCACCGGUGCCGCCAGCAACGACCAUAAUCCCGGCUUGCUGGAAGAGGCACAUAACAAUGGCGGCGGACAUGGAGGAGCCAAUCUGGCCAGUGUCGGAGGAAGCUUUAAGACGAAGGAAUCGCAACAUACCGCGGAUGAACAGCCCGAGGUCAUCUGGGUCCCGCCUAGCGACAAGCCCUGGUACAAGAGAAUCGCGAAGCUAUGGUGGAUGAUUGGCGGUAUUUCUACCCUGGGCAUCAUCGCCGUCAUCUUGGCCAUUCUUGGAGCCCUGGGCAUGCUUAGUGGCCACCACAACAAGUCUGUCCUCCACACGAGUGAUCCAUAUCCACCAGGAACGUCCACAUCGCUAACAUCAACAAGUACGCCUGCUGAGUCCACGGCCUCUGCCACUUCCUCAAUCGAACCCUCGUCAUCGGCUACCGGAACUUCGACUUCGUCCGCAGCCUCGCCGACCUCAACCAACCUAGCCAAGCAAUGCACCGACACCAGCACCUUCAUCGAACACCUCGCCUGGAUGGGCACCGAGGUUGGCGGCUACGAGGCCACUUACGACCCAGCCAGUUCCGGCAAGGAGUGCUGCAACCGCUGCUUCAACGGCGACCCGGGCUGCGCGGGCUGGAUGUACGACGGUGCCAACAAGUUCACGCCGUGCACCAAGGUCAUGGUCACCAAUGACGAAGGAAACCCGAACAAGCAGUGCCCCAAGGGCAAGGCGGCAACGACCUUCUUCAGCCAGAAUCCCGACAAAAAGGUUGUCGGCGGUGUUGGACCGUGCAGUGGAGAGUCUCAAAUUCAACACUAG